AUGUCUCUGAACCGCGUGGCAUCCAUCGAGUCCUUCCACUUCGUCCCGAGCGAGCAGAGGACGAGGCGAGGCUCCGACGUCUCGGUGCGCGCCAACAAGCUCAGCUUCAACCCGUUCCCGGACGACUGGGACCCCCCGGCCGAGAGGGCGGACAAUGUCCAGGCCGUUGACGCCUUUGCCGUGCCCAAGUGGAAGAGGAUCCUCCAAGUCGGCGCGGCCGUGUUCUACUGCCUCUUCGCCGCCGGCAUCGUCUUCGGGUACGCGGCGAUCAAGCCCGUCCUCAAGAAGGAGGGCGCCUACCGCGGCGUGUGCUCCGGGGGCGACGGCCUCGUCGACGAGGACACCUGCCGCGAGAUCCACCUGAACCUCAUGUUCACCGUCGCCGCCGUGGGCACCAACGUCGCCGCCCUGCCCGUCGGCGCCAUCCUGGACCACUUCGGCCCGCGCGUCUGCGGCGUCCUGGCCGCGCUGUUCCUGACGGCCGGGUCCCUGCUCAUGGCGGCGCAGCGGGGGCUCCUCCCCUUCGACGCGCUGCUGGCCGGCUACCUGCUCCUCGCCCUCGGCGGGCCCUUCACCUACAUCUCGUCCUUCCAGCUGUCCAACGCCUUCCCGCGGCACUCGGGCCUCAUCCUGGCCCUCCUGACGGGCGCCUUCGACGCCUCGAGCGCCCUGUUCCUCGUCUACCGCCUCGUCUUCGAGCACACGGGCGGCAGGUUCGGCCACGACAGGUUCUUCAUCGCCUACCUGGUCGUGCCCCUCGUGAUCCUCCUCCUCCAGGUCGCCGUCAUGCCGAAGCAGUCGUACAAGACGGUCGGCGGCAUGAUCGAGGAGGCGGAGGAGCCGCUGCCCGCGCGGCUGCCCGAGGACCAGGUGGACGAGACGACGGCCCUGCUGCAGGAGGAGGAGAGGAACCACCGGGACGAGCUGGCGGCGAACCUCGAGGAGGUGCUCGGGUCCGCCACGGGCGACAAGCGGGCCGCGCAGCAGGAGCGCAAGAACGAGAUCUCGGGCGUCUGGGGCGUCAUGCACCACAGCACGGCCCUGGAGCAGAUCGCCUCCCCUUGGUUCAUACUCAUCUGUCUAUUCACGG